AUGGACACCGUUGCGGCUGUUUUAGCUGCCUUCACGCCAACUCAGGCCGCCGCGCAUUCCGUCAAGAAGUAUGAUACAGCUAUUAGGGACCAUGUCGCAGCUGUGAAGUCGCUAUGCGCGAACCAGCGGGAAGUCAUCAGUGCUAAUGCUAGCCAAAUUCUACAAAACAUUGACCCCUCGAGUGACUCUAUCACAAUUCAAGCCAUCCUCCUUCUCUUACUACAAACAUCGAGCCCCCCACCUGAUAUCGAACGAAGCACCCUCUUAGACGAGAUCCUCCGAUUCCUUCUCAACUUCAACCCUCUUCAGAUACGAUAUGUGGGUUCUGAAUUCCGACGGCUGCUUGAAUAUGUCGCAGCAGGCACGUUGUUUACUACAAGUGUUACUGUAGAGGCUUUGGCUGCCGCCAUACUGCGACUCGAUCCCACAGGAAGCAUGUUCACGUCUACCCAUCUUACAAUGAUCAAAAUCGCUUACUCGACAUCCUGGAUUGAGCCCGCUCUCAAGGUUCUCGAUUGCGAUGUUACGUUCUACCCUGGCAUGGCGGGCCAGAAGGACGCUAAACUCUUGUGUGAUAGUAGUAUCCAUUCCGCUUCCUUCAUCUCAGUCGAUACAGGCCUGACUGGGGAUGUGAAGAGCUCUGCCGUCUUGGAGUAUAAUCACCUGAGCGCGCAAUGCUACAUGUCACGACGAGACUGGACCAAAGCCUACCGAGCUCUCGAGCGCGUCAUUACGCACCCGUCAAAAGAUAAGGGCGUUAGUAAGGUCAUGGAUGAAGCGUACAAGCGGUGGUUGCUGGUCGGGCUACUUAAGGAUGGAAAAGAGCCGAAUCUUCCAUCAUAUACUGCCACUAUGGCCAAGAAUACCUACUCCAUACUAGGAGCGCCAUACAAGAAUAUCACCACUCAGUUCACAACCACGAAUGCGGGACAGCUCAAAGCGGACAUUGAGGCCAAUCAUCAGGUCUGGGAGGAAGACGGCACCUCAUCGUUGGUUGCGGAGGUAGUGGCCGCGUACCCAAAGUGGCAAAUCAUCAACCUCCGCGACAUUUAUACAAGGGUGUCCAUUUCCCAAGUGCGUCUAUCAACACUCAGUGCCGAGACGGGUGAAAUCCUCACGGACGACGAUACUACCACACGCUUAGUUCAAGACAUGAUUGAUUCAGGUCUACUAAAAGGCGAGCUACAGCCGGGCAACAAUGGGGACGAACUCUAUCUCCACUUCCACGACGAUAAUGAGGCGAUGACAGAGGCAAAGUUUGCCCAGGAGAUUGCCCAGCGUUACCAGAACAUCGAAAAUCUUGGUAAGCAGUACAAAGCAGCCAACGAACGGCUGGGCAAUAGCAAGGAGUACGUGAAACACGCUGUUAGGGAGCAGAAGCGGGCAGAUAAGGACCCUGCAGAUCCUGGAGUUGGUUUUGAUUCUCUAAUAGAAGAUGAAGACCUUAUGACUGGCAUCACACCAACUGCCUGA